AUGUGUGUCCUUGCGUUGGCGUUAGCAACUUUUUUUAGAAGCUCGAAGCCCAACGAUAAGCGCGAACAAGCGGCUUGGCGGUUGGAGUGCGAGUUAGGGGUGAUAGCGGACCCCGAUUGCCCAGUGGACGGCGGCUGGGCCGCUUGGGAACCGUGGAGUCCUUGCCGCUGCUCUUGCGACAGCGUAGGCCACCGCCGCAGAACUCGCCGCUGUAUCAACCCUAUACCCUCAGAGGAGGGCCUCCCCUGUGAUGGACACGAAGAAGAAAUACAGCAAUGCUAUGUAUCAAACUGCACAGUUCAAGAUUUCCGCAAAAUAAUUGAAGGCGAUGAUCUGCGUAUCGAAGCCUUCAAAGAACUAGAAGCUGUCCCAGCCCUCAUGGAGCGCUGUUUGCAAAUGGAGUGUCCUUACGAAACAGUGGAAAGCGUUCUUUGCAAAGACAAUGCGUGGCAAGUGAGUCCUGAGACGAUUUGGAAUGCUCUGCAAUGCAUAAAGCACAAUGUUGGCUGCCCUGUGAUUGGAGAGUGGAGCUCUUGGGGCGAAUGGUCUCCAUGCGGAGCGCGUUGUGGAAAUGGUGUCCGUUGGAGGUUGCGUUACUGUGACACGCCCAAACCAUCGCAUGCACACCUGUUAUGUAGAGGCACCCCGUUGGACGCAGAGGAAUGCAAAGGAGACCAUUGCGCCGUAGACCUGGAGGAUAUUGGAAACGACAAUGGACAGUGGAGUGAUUGGAGUGAAUGGAGUGUGUGCUCCGUAAAAUGUGGUGCUGGUGUCAGGCGACGCCAAAGAAUUUGUCGCGAUAAAUUUGAGUCACGUGUUUUGGGUAAUUGGGGAACCCACUGUGUUGGACAGCAUGAUCAGUUUAAAGUGUGCGAAAAUGAAAAAUGUUUAAUGGACGGUGGAUGGUCAGGUUGGAGUCAAUGGGUCCCGUGUUCGCAGACUUGUGGCGCAGGGCGAAGAACUCGUACACGCUCUUGCACUAGGCCCGCUCCGGCUGGAGAAGGAUUACCUUGCCCUGGGCCUAAAACUGAAGUUACUUCUUGUUAUUUAAUUCCAUGUGAAGUUUAUUCGCAUAAAGUAACAAUUCUGAACGGAGAAUCUUACUUGGAAUACAAUUUCCAUAACAAGCGGUCGGUGCUAUUCCAUUUUUACGUACGCUUCAUGCCCCUAUCACCGCGUGGUACUUUGGUGCGACGAGGUUCAAUUCACAAUCCUCAGGUCCGGCUGAGCUUACAGAAGUGGCAUGUUUGCUUGGACGCAAGCGGUACAUCAAAAAGCUGUACUCUGCCGCGUAUUUGUUCACCUUCCAUGGUCGAACCCGCCACUUGGCAUACAUGUUUGAUUACAGUAACCAGUGAGGCGGCGAGCCUGAGACUAAAUGAUGCUGCAGUGCCAAUCAAAGCCAUAUUCUCUUGCGAUCCACAGUUGCCUGAUGAAAAAGUUAACAUUUUUGUUGGUGAAAAACUAUACGGUCAACUACAAGAAAUUGUUUUAAACUUCAUUCCAUUGUAUUUAUUUAUGGAACGGCGUCAAAGGACAGUGCACGAUUUUUAUCCCAGUUCUGCCUCAAAUAUAGCUUACGAAAUGGCGGGAUUAGAGGAAGGCUUCAUAGAACUACAGAAUGAUCAAUAUCUAAGAAUGCCUUGCUUCGACGAAGGAGACGAUUGGCUACUAGAAAUCACAUUUAAAUCAAAAAGAGAUACAGGGGCAUUACUAUUUCUCUGGAAUAAUCUCGAUGAUAGUUGGCUGCAUAUAGCUUUGCAAAACCAGAGAUUAAAGUUAAAAGUAACGUUACCUGACUACAGGUCAGAAAGUAUCAGCUCGACAGAGUGCCCAUCAAAUCAGUGGCUCGAUGUGACCCUGAGAUUAAGACGAAACAGUAACACGAUUGAGGCGUCUAUUAACUCUGACGAACGCCUACACAUCGUCUUUGAUGAAGAGAAUCCUAGAAAACGCCGAAAACACUUAUCGAAUAACAGCCAUCGUGUCAAAACUGAAAAUCUGUCCAACACAACUUUGCCCAAACUAGAUAAAAUCGAACACAAACCAAUGUCGGUAUCAAUAUGCCGCGAUGAAUUCUUUAUUGGUGGAGUACCAAAAGAAGUAGAACAAUUAAUAGAUGAUGAUUACAAUAAUUUUCAUGGAACCAUUGCAUCAAUAAGCAUAAAUGGUGCGAUGCAAGAUCUUCAAGCUGCUAGCGUUGAAAGUUGUAAAGAAGACAAGUUACAAUUGUCGUCAAAGACCGCCAGCGUGUCUGGUUCUUAUCACGAAAUAUUUUGGGGCAAAUCGAAUCUAUUGAAUCUUACUUGUCUUCACGCUAGAUCUACUCGAUCUCCACAUACAGCACGUUGGCUUUUUCUCGACACAGGCGUAAUGGGAGUCCUCCGAAAUAAAACUGUACACAUAGUGGACGGCGGUAAAGUGCUAAGAUUGAUUGCAUCCGCAGGUAACAACCUGAGAGGUUUCUAUACGUGUCGCGCGCACAGCUACAAACGCACACGUAACAUUGUAACUUAUGGAGUGCUCGGAAAAGUUAAAUACAAUUUUACUAGUCCCGAUACUAUAACUGCUAUAGCGAUGGUCACAACAAUAGCGCUGGCACUGGGCACUCUGUCGUGGCUUAUAUUUGAAGUAAUUAACGACUUACGUAAAGGAUAUGGUUUUUUUCGCGAUGUUCAUUUGUCUCCGGAAGAAGAAGCUGACGCAGUUUGCGCUUUCAUAGAUAGCCAUAUUCAUUUGAUAGGCUCAAAAAGUGCUGCAAUGGUGGCAAAAGAAAGAGCGCGGAGGAGAGGCAGGCUCUUGGCCUCCAAAUUUAAUUUUGGUGCCCAGGAGCCGCAGGGCAUGAUGCAAACGGAGACGGAUAGAGAGGCACAGUUAAAAAAUACAAUGUCGACUCAAAGUGAGCCGGAUAGUAUACCUUCGCUGCUUGAUACCUCCUUUGCAGAGACCUCUCACGCUGCAUAUAGGCGUGACCCGUCGUACAUGAGUUCGCCGCGACACGGUUCUAAAAUAACAAGCGCAAGGACUAAUUUUGAGUUGUCGUCGUCGGAGUUUGAGAUUUCUCCGAGAGUACUUUGCUCACAACUUCUGCUGGCUAAACGCUCCUCGCGCGAGAAGUUGGUAUCCAGGAGGUACAAGUCCCCCCGGCAAUUGGACAGCCCGCGCUUGCUCAGGUCCAACUUACCCACAAUCAAAUCUUCCACUUUUGUACAACAUUCGCCGGCACACAAGAUUCUUGAGAAAUUCCAACAGCUCAAAUACGAUGACCUUUAA